AUGGACGACGAGACUAAUUCUGAUGGCGUGCAGCGUUUCCAGACUGGUGGCGGUUUGUCGAUUGCUGCAGCGCUAACGGAAUCAUCACCAGAGCUGUUGGUAGGGAGCGAGUUUAACGGCUACCGUUUGACGGACUUGCUGGGCCAUGGCGGCAUGGGCAUGGUCUUUCGCGCCGAGCGGACCGAUGGCGAGUAUGAACGCACUGUAGCGCUCAAGGUGGUCACCAAUGCGCUCGCUUUUUCCCGCUUUCAACGGGAACGGGAAAUACAUGCACAGCUGAGUCACCCCAACAUUGCGCGUUUCUACGACGCCGGCACAAGCGAAGCAGGCGUGCCAUAUAUCAUCAUGGAACUCGUGCCGGGCGAUCCCAUUGAUAUCUAUUGUCGGGCGCAAGAGCUCAGCCUUAAAGAUCGAGUAGGUUUGCUCAUCAAGGUGGUGGAAGCCGUCGCCUAUGCCCACGCCAAUCUGGUGGUGCAUCGAGACAUAAAACCCACCAAUAUCCUGGUUGACGUAACUGCAUCGCCGAAACUGCUGGAUUUCGGCAUUGCCAAAUUCACCGCGGACGAAGGCAGUGAACUGACCGGUACCGGUCGGCCUUUGACACCGAUCUACGCGAGUCCCGAACAGGCCCUAGGCCAGUCCGUGAGUAUUGCCUCGGACAUCUAUCAGUUAGGUGCCUUGGUUGCACAGAUAUGUGCCGAUAAGCCGCCUUUUAUCGACACGACGUUAGCGGGUGCUAUACACCGGGCAGAACAAGAUUUCGCGCCGCUCCAGCCAGAGGUGAGGCGCCUUCUACCCGCAGACUUGUUAGCUGUUGUGAUGCGAUGUUUAGCGCCGAAUCCAAGCCAACGCUACGCCGAUGCAAAUGCUCUGGCUGCUGAGUUGAUCCGCUUUCAGGGUGGCUUUCCUGUAAUGGCAAAAAACCCGGGGGCGGUGCAGCGUAUGCAGAAACUGGUAUGGCGACACCCGCUGGCCGCCACAGCCACCGUGUUGACCCUAGUGGCUGCGCUAACCAGUAACUAUUGGUACACCCUGCAACUCAAACAGUCGAAUAAUCGCGCUCAAGUAGCCGCGGCCGAAGCUGUGGCGCAGCGUAAUCAGGCAGAGGCCGAAGUCGCAAUCAAUAGCCAGGUGACUCAGUUUCUCAUUGACCUGUUCGAAAGUUCCGAUCCAGUAUCAGGUGAUCCUGAGGAUUUCACCGCAGCUCAACUGCUUGAUCGGGGGGUGGCGAGCAUAGACGCAUUAGAUGAGCAGCCACGAGUGCAGUCUGCGCUGAAACACACUAUGGGUGAAGUGUACGUAACCACCGGUCGAUAUGCGGAAGCGGUGCCACUACUAAAAGAUGCGUUGCUCAACAGCACGUCUUACCCACAGCGGGUCCGCGUGAGUAUCACUUUGGCUAACGCUUAUCGCGAGCUACAUGAGUACGAAACCGGCUUGGUCCUGCUGGAGCCAUUGGUUGCAGAACUCGAUCGGAAUCCCGCACUGGUUCCCCAACGGGAAUACUAUGCUGCACGCUACCAGUUGGCGCUCUUGUAUACCGGAGCGGGUUCUUACGAUAAAGCACCUGCGCUGUUGGAUAGAUUGGUUGCAGAAGCAGACCUGGUGUCGAUUGAUCAGCACAUCAGCACCUUGCUCGAACAAGCCUCCCUCACCAACAAACUCGGCGAUUGGGAAGCAGCAGAGCAGCUUUAUCAACAGGCGAUUAAUCUAGAGCUGAAGCAGAAUGGAUCCGGUUCGUACAAAAUGGGCAAGAUUCAUCAAAACCUGGGCAAUCUCUAUCAAUUUCGCCAACGCCUGACAGAAGCGAAAACGGCCUAUCUAUCAGCGUUGGCAAGCUUUGAAGCGGUUUACGGUCCGCAACACCCUCUCGUAGGCGGCGCUAUAGGCAGUCUGGGAAGCGUGGCGUGGCGUCGGGACGAACUGGAUGAGGCAGCGGCAUACUUCCAACGCGCGGUGGAUAUCCUUACUGUCACGGUGGGACCAGAUCACCCAGACACCGCCAAAGGUUACGGGUCCAUGGGUCUGGUUUAUCUUGACUUAGGGGAAGUUGACAAAGCUUUUGCCGCUCUCAAGCGUACUAACGAAAUAUUCGAGCAGCACUAUGAGCCGGAGAGCAUUGAUCUCAGUACCAGUAGGAGUUUUCUGGCCAAAGCGUACCAAGCCAAGGGUGAUCUGCGGUGGGCUGCACCGGUUGCACCCGCUAAGUGGACCGAUGUGCGGGACGCAACUCAACCAGGCCCCGCUUGCAUGCAACCUUUGGGGCAAGGCGGCUCGUUCUACGGGAGCGGUGAUAUUGCCAUGUCAGAAGAUUGCCUAUUCCUGAAUGUCUGGACCCGCGCGACCACGACGGAUGCUGCACUACCGGUGAUGGUCUGGAUUCACGGUGGUGCACUGGUGACAGGUUCUGGUGAUACCUACCCUGGUGAAGCGAUAACGCAAAAAGGGGUAGUCCUGGUCACGAUCAACUAUCGGCUCGGGCGCUUCGGUUUUCACGCCCACGCAGAUUUAAGUGGCGAACAUCCAAAGGGUGUGUCCGGCAACCAGGGGCUGCGCGACCAGAUCCUGGCGCUGGAGUGGGUCCGUGACAACAUUGCAGAGUUUGGCGGUAAUCCAGAUAACGUCACCGUUUUCGGCGAGUCCGCCGGCAGCUUGAGUGUGUCAUUAUUGCAAGCCAGCCCCCUUGCAAAGGGUCUUUUCCAUCGUGUUAUUGGUCAAAGUGGUGGCGCAUUCCAACCCAUGUGGUUCCGUGAUCGUGAAACAAGCUAUGCCGCUUCCGCAUAUUCACUUGGCGCCAGUUUUGCAAGCGCACUCGCUGGCGAAAGUAUGGACCCGAGCCUGAGCAAUCUCCGUCAACUGUCCGCACAGCAUGUACUGGACACCUUUGGGUCGAACCCGGAGUUUUCGAACUACGACAGCCUCGCCAUCGUUGAUGGUGAAGUUAUUCCAGCGGAAGUCAGUCAAAUAUUUGCAGCAGGCAAACAAGCCGAUGUACCCGUUAUGAUUGGAUCCAAUGCCAACGAGGGAUCAACCUUCCUGGAGUUUUUUGAACCCAUUUUCGGUGAAGGUGCCGCAGGCUUUACUGCCUACGCUCAGGCGACGUUACCCGAGGUGGCGGAUGACAUUGAUACAUUUUACUCCCCAGCGUCAGCGCGUGAUACCUGGGUAGACUUGUUAUCAGAUGUGUUAUUCACUCAACCUAUGCGGGUGUGGGCUCGAAGUAUGGCUAACGUUGAGAGCGAUGCUUACCUUUAUUGGUUUACGUGGGCACCGCCGAUUCCUGAACAGGAAAAAUAUGGCGCGUUCCAUGCAGCGGAAAUCGGCUACGUUUUUGGCGUACCCGAAAUGUUUGGAGCCACUCCCACCGAGGCGGAUCACAAAUUCUCGGAUCUCAUGACCACGGCAUGGACGCAGUUUGCGAAGACGGGGAAUCCCAAUAGCGGAAUUACGUAUCGGGCAGACUGGUCUUAUUGA